AUGGAAGAACAGGUGUUCAAGGGGGACCCAGAUACCCCUCAUUCCAUCUCCUUCUCGGGCAGUGGAUUCCUCUCCUUCUACCAGGCCGGGGCGGUGGAUGCCUUUCGGGACCUGGCCCCCCGGAUGCUGGAAACGGCCCAUCGCUUUGCUGGGACGUCGGCAGGUGCGGUGAUUGCAGCCUUGGCCAUCUGUGGGAUUGAAAUGGAUGAGUACCUCCGAGUCCUCAAUGUGGGUGUGGCCGAGGUGAAGAAAUCCUUCUUGGGGCCCUUGUCCCCGUCCUGUAAGCUGGUGCAGAUGAUGAGGCAGUUUCUGUACCGGGUCCUGCCUGAGGACUCCUACAAGGUCGCCACGGGGAAGCUCCACGUGAGCCUCACCCGGUUCACGGAUGGAGAGAGUGUUGUGGUUUCAGAAUAUACAUCCAAGGAAGAGCUCAUCGAGGCCCUGUACUGCAGCUGCUUUGUCCCUGUGUACUGCGGCCUCAUUCCUCCAACUUACCGUGGCGUGCGGUACAUCGACGGGGGCUUCUCGGGCAUGCAGCCCUGCUCCUUCUGGACGGACUCCAUCACCAUCUCCACCUUCAGUGGUCAGCAGGACAUCUGCCCGCGGGACUGCCCCGCCAUCUUCUGUGACUUCCGCAUGUUCAACUGCUCUUUCCAGUUCUCUCUGGAGAACAUCGCCAGGAUGACCCAUGCCCUGUUCCCCCCAGACCUGGUGAUCCUGCACAAUUAUUACUACCGAGGGUAUGAAGAUGCCGUUUCGUACUUGCGGCGGCUGAAUGCUGCUUACCUUAAUUCUCCUUCCAAGAGAGUGAUUUUCCCCUGGGUAGAAGUGUACUGCCAGAUAGAACGCGCCCUUGGCAAUGAGUGCCCUGAAAACUGUCAACCAAGCCUCCAAACAGAGCGGGCCAGUCCAGAAGAAUCCAGACAACUUCACACACAAUGGGCUCCCAAAGGGGAAAGAAAAGGUGGCCGUGGUCCACCUCUGUCCCCACCUGUGCAGACACCUGAAUCCACAUGUGAGUGGCCUGUGGAGUCACCUGUUUCACCACCUGCAUCGCCACUGGCCUCAUCACCAUCACAUCCUCCAACUGACUUGCCACCUGUAUCACUCCCAGCUGUGCACUUCCUCCCCAGCUCAACACCUGGGCUGUCACCUGUAUCACCAUCACAGCAGGUACAACUGACUGGAUCACCACCCAGAUCCCCACCCCCCCAGUCAUCUAUGUCAUCCAGGACGUCCCUGGGGCCUUCCACUGUGGGGACAUCUCCAACAUUGCCCCAGUGUUCCUCUUCAGCAUCACCUGCACAGCCACCUGUGGAGGAACUGGGCCCAGAACAGCCCCAGGCUGUAGCUCCCUUUGCUUCUUCAAAUUCCAAAAGCACCGUGCCUCUGGCUAAUGUGAAGGAAACCAUGAGCAAGCCUUAUGCGAUGGAGAGAACUGCUGAAGACUCCAGUUGGGUGAGCAAGGUAUUCAAGAAGAACAAACAAAAGACAAGUGACACCAGAAAAGGCUUCCCAAGACAUCCACAAUCUAAAACACCAGGCAGCAAAAUGCAGUGA